GUCUGCUUCAUUUGUGGUCUGUGGAUGGCAGCGAUUGCCGUCUGCUGUCUUACGGAUUUAUUGCGAAAAUGGCGCAUUAUGUGAUAUUUUCACGAAAUUUAUCAAUUAAAAGUGAAAAAUUGUGUAGUGCUGCUUUGUGAUGGUGUGUUACUUUACAUUAAUGACAGUGUACUUCGUGUGAUAAAUAGGACUUCGACAUUCUUUGGGAUAUUGGAUUACACAUAAAAUAAAGACAAAAUGGUGGUGGGUGAGAGCAAACGUACCAACAUCAUGGAUGGCAUCGAGAACACCGGCGACGUGCGCCUGCACGACCAUCGGCUGCGACUCAAACAGAGGUUUGAUAUAGUCAGAAAAUUAGGUCAAGGAACAUAUGGAAAAGUGCAACUUGGAAUCAAUAAGAAGACUGGACAGGAAGUUGCUAUUAAGACGAUAAAGAAGUGCAAAAUUGAAACCGAAGCAGACCUUAUACGCAUAAGAAGAGAGGUGCAAAUUAUGUCUUCCGUCAGGCAUCCCAAUAUUGUACAUAUUUAUGAAGUAUUUGAAAACAGUGAAAAAAUGAUUUUAGUCAUGGAGUAUUGUUCAGGUGGCGAACUUUACGACUACCUCAGCCAAAAAAAAGUAUUAGAAGAAGACGAAGCCAGGAGGUUAUUCCGGCAGAUAGCGACAGCUGUUUAUUAUUGCCAUAUACACAAAAUAUGCCAUAGAGAUUUAAAAUUAGAAAAUGUUUUACUUGACGACACUGGGAGUGCUAAGAUAGCCGAUUUUGGACUUUCAAAUGUUUUCAAAGAGACGUCAUUAUUGUCCACGUUUUGUGGAUCACCUCUGUAUGCUUCACCAGAAAUAGUUAAAGGAACGCCUUAUAUCGGACCGGAGGUAGACUGCUGGUCAUUAGGUGUGCUAUUGUAUACUCUAGUCUAUGGCGCCAUGCCAUUCGAUGGUUCAAACUUCAAGCGGCUUGUUCGGCAAAUUAGUAACGGAGACUAUUAUGAACCAAAAAAUCCGUCAACUGCGUCACCACUCAUUCGGGAUAUGUUAACAGUGGAUCCAUUGAAGAGAGCUGACAUUGCGUAUAUUUGUGAUAAUCCCUGGGUGAAUAUGGGCUACGAAACAUCAUGUUUGGAGAUGUCGGAGGCGCUGGCGGCGGAGACCCCCGUGCGCCUCGACCUGUUGCUCUCACUGGCACCCGCCGCGCCGUCCAGUUCUAAUAGUGUCGUUGUUCCAGAGCAGGCCGACCUCGGCCCUGAGGAGAGCUGCACAGACUUGACAAGUUCCACUUCAAUGGCUGUGGAGCCGAGCAACUCAGCUGAGAAGAGGAUUCUUGAACUUGUUGCUGAGGGCGGGGAGGACGCGAUAAAACCGUCGCCGACUCGCACGCUGGUAGCGGCGGCCGACAACAAGCGAAAGUACGACGCUGCCAUGUCUGCAAGCGGAUUGUUGAGGAAGAAAGAGCGCGUCGCUAGUUGUGCUAGUGUGGCGCCGAUAUCGCCUGCGCUGCCCGAAGAGGACGCGAGGCAAGCGUCUCCGCCACCCGAAGAAGAUGAUUAUUCAUUACAGAUUACGCAACCCACACUGAAGUCCUCAGCAACCAUGACGAUCUCUCCAGCGCCCACAAUGCCGCCGCAACCGGUCAUGGAACCUCCCGCAGAAAUAAUCUCAGAUGUGCCAAAAGAUGAGCCAAAGGAACAACCUAAACCAAAACUUGUAAUCAAGAAAAAGCCUUCGCCGCCUAAAGUCGAGGAAAGGACGGAAAAGUCAGAGGAACCAAAGGCGGAAGAACCGAAGCCAUUGUCAGUGUCGUCGACGGCGGACAAGCUGACGUCGCUCACCCUGACACAACCCACACCCGCACCGGCGUCGCCCGCUAAGCCCAAGAAGCUGUCCAUACCGGGAGGUCAUGUCGGCAGCUUCAAGGAGCAGUUCGAACGACGUGCAUCUUUGACCACUGCCCCGGAUACUAAACGAAAUCUUUCUAAGCCAGCAGUGUCCAAGAUAGCCAAGCCGAAGGCGCAAAGUGAAGAUCGCGAACUUACGCUCAAGUCUCCCGACAACGGCACGGUGCGACUGCAGCAGAUCGGCAUUGAACCUACGCCGCUAUCGCCGCAGACACCCAUAGAGGAAAUGAAUCGCGGCGGAGUCAAGAAGACGGAGAGCGAGCCGGCUAACAACACCGCGCCUCUCGACCCGGCCGUUGUAUUGCAGGACGCUAGAAGGAGUCUGCAGAACUCGAUGGCGAAGCUAGCGGAGGAGCGCGCAGGCGAGGACAACCGCCGCCGUGCUGCGAGAGACAUCAUCUCCACAGCUAUACGUACAGGCAAGCCGCCCGUGCCGUACGGUCGGUCGUCCUCCGCCGGUGUCGCGAGCCUGGCGUCCCCGCCGUCGACGCCGUCCGCGCCCGCGCCCGCUACCGCGCCCGUCGGCUCCGCGUCCUCGCCGCGCGUCUUCCGCACGGAGGCGAUGCACAGCGUCAAGGACCACAGAAACAGAGGUGUAUCAGUGGAGCGCAUCAUCCCAAUAACGAUGUCGGGCGAGGAGCCGCCGCCGCAGCAGCGCUCGGGUCAUAUGACCCCCGUGACGCCGCUCACCCCCGCCACCCCCGCCACGCCCGUCACCACGCCGCCCGGCGCCGUCACCUCGCCCACAGCGCACGCGCGCAUCACUCAGACGCCACUGAGGCGGCUGGCGUCAACGGAGUCGACAGGCGAGGCGGUGUCCCCGUCGACGGGCGAGCCGAUCAAGAAAUCAGCGCGCGAGUUCAUCAUACCCAUCGCAGUGGAGGGCAAGGGCUACGUGACCCCUCGCCAGAGGAGCCUCGAGCCCGAGCAGAUGCCGACGCGCCUCGGCCGCUCCACGGCGCCGCGGCCCCGGCGAAUCAGCAGUCUGGUGAGCGGCGGAGAAUCUGAAGAAGAAGAUGACACACACAUGCACAGAUUACGGUCGACGCGAGCCGCCCGCGCUGAGUCUGUAAGCUCCGGGGAAGAAGACGAAGAAGAUGAAGGAUUCCAUCUGCUCACUGCGGACAAUCUCUUCUCCACUCUGUUGCACCGAGUGCGAGCUCUCACGCAGCGGCUGAACGGUGAAGAGGGCCCCGGCUUCCAGCAUCACCCGCAUUCGAUCUUCAACAACCUGCAGUCGCCAUUCUUCAACAGCCCUCAUUUGCCCCGAAGACAUCUCUUACGCGAGGGCUGGGGCUCGCGCGAGCUGCACGCGCCGUUCGACUCCAUGUUCAACAAGGCGCGCUCGCCGAUGCCGCGAGGUAGUAGUAAGAAAACCGCCAAGCACCAAACGAGAGCCUCGCAAACCACGGACGCGACCGACGGGCUAGAUCUGUCCGACCUGGAUCUCAGUUCUAUAGAGUUUUCGGAGCGCGAGAUGCAGGCGCUGUCGGGGCUGACGCCGGCGCUGUCGCGGCGCCUGCAGAGGCAGCUGCUCGCGCACCUGCCGCCGCAGGCCGCCGCGCGCCUGCGCCGCACGCUCUCGCUGCACGCCGCCAAGCCCGCCGCCGCGCGCCCGCCCUACGCGCGCAGCCACUCCGCCUCCAAGACGCUCGACGCGCGCUCCCCCGACGACUCGUCAAACGACCCAUCCGUCCAAACGCAACACCCGUCGUCAAACGACGCAAACGUCACCAACACAACAGAACAGAUAGAAAACGCCGCAAAAGAGGACCGCCUUGUAAUUGACUCUGAAAUGAAAACGCUCGAGGAAAUAGAUAUACCUUCAAAAGCUUCAAAAGUAAAUGCCGAAGUUGACGUUAAAACUUCAAAAGAAAAAGAAGUUCCUGUAGAUGACGAAUCCGUGAUUGAUAUAAAAACUAUAGAUUCCGCGGAAGUAAAAACCGCUGAAGAUAAUAAAGCUUCCGACGAUGUAAAUCUUUCCGCGCGAGUAGAUACCCCUGAGACGAAGUCUGGCCUCUGUGAUAUAGCACGAUUUAAAUCGGAAGAUGCUUCUUUCUCUGCACCUCAGUUCUGUACUCUUCCUCGUCUCAGACGACGUUCGACUCUCAGCAGAGAAUCUUUGUCUCCGACUUCUGAAUUCGGCUAUGGAUCAGCAAAAUUGGAAUCCUUAAGCAAUGAAUCCGUUGGAUCUAAAAAUGACUGUAUCCGACGCACCCCGGAUCGUCCUUUAUUAAGUAAAUAUUUGGCACCAGAACGACAUCUCUCUUUAGAUGAGACGUAUUCAUCGGACAGUGGUAGUAUUCUUUCGGAACCUAGCUACAUUGCAGCUUAUGGAGCACCUGCACUAAAUAACACACCUGGUUUAGGAUUUAGGCGACACUCUCUGCGUUUAACUGGAGAUCAACCUAAGAAACGUAUUUCCAGAUUCCUACGAUCAGACUUCUUUGAUACGUCAAUGGAUGAUAGUAUAUAUGCUAAACAUAAAAAGGAGAAAGAAUUGGAAACGCAAAAAAUUUUAAAAGAAAUUAGAGAUAAGAAAAAUAAAUCUUUAGAAUCUGCAUCUAAAAGCCCUAACGAAACGCUUGACGAACCUGAGUCUAAAGAUGAUUAUUCUGUGAAAAAAUGCCUUUCUCCAAUAGGUAAUUUACUACUAAAAGAUCGUAGUCGGUCUACCACGCCAUAUUUUCCUAUAUUAGACAACAUUAAAGAAAGUAGUCUGGAUUCUAGUACCAUUACGUCCGAGCAAAACCAGAGUGAUGAUUUUAACCAACAAUCAGUUCUAACUGCGCUGAACAAAGAAUCAAAGAUGAUCAGACCCAAAAGCUACCCUAUUAAAAGUUUUGAUUUAUAUGAAGAUACAAAUCAAAAAAGCACCUUGGUAGAAAGUUGUAAAAAUCCAGAUAAUGAUGUUGAAGAUAAAAAAAUAAAUAGAGAAUCAAAGUUAUUACGGCCUAAAAGUUAUCCUACUAGUACCCCUUCUCCUGAAAAAGUGUGUGUAAAUCGAAAUUUGAAAAAAGAUGAUACAAAAUCUCCUAAAGAACUUACUAACACUGAAAAUAAAGCAGAUGUAGAAGUAAGUUUUAGUGUAACAUUACCAAAAAAAUUUAAAACUACAGCUCAGUCGGAUUCACAAAAAAAACUUGAAACAACAGAUCUACAUGUUGAUUCUAAAUUAGAAAGUAUUAAAGAAAUUGAUUCCACUUUAACUUUAAAGAAGUAUCAAGUUGUCAAUCAAACAGACGAUAAGACUGAAAAGGAAUGUAACACAAAUGAAAUUCAAUUAAAGAAUGUCAAAAAUGAAUGUGUGAAAAAUGGAAUCAUAAAGGAAGAAACAAAAUCGAAUUCUACAGACAAUCAAUCGGCCGAUAAAAAGGGAAUAGUUAAGAAAAAAAUUGUAAAAAAGGUAUCUAUUAAAUCAAAGACUGAUUCAAAUGCAAAUGAUACCAAAGCAACUGAUGAAAAGAAAAAGGUUACAAAAAAAGUGAAGGAAAAAGUGAAUGACGAGAAUGCAAAAACUGCUGCACCGAAGAAGAAAUCUGUAUUUCAAUCCAUUGGACAAAAGUUAGAAAAACUUGCAUCGUCUAAAUCGAACUCUCCUGAAAAAAAUUCUAAUAAUGACACAGCUACUAAUGAGUCUAUUAAAAUCAAUCGUACCCAAAGAGAAAAUUCGGUUCCUGUCAAUGUCGAUCCUCCGACUGAAUCUAAUUUAAUUAAGCGAGCAGUUACAAUAACUGAUGUUGCAGCAUUGGAUAAUCAAAACAUUACACAAAACAAAACAACUGUUUCUAAAGUUUUAGGUCUAUUUAAAAAGUUUGAACCUAAGGAUAAAAAUAUUAAACCUGCUGAAAAAAUAAAUACAGAGACUGGAAAUGUUACCCUUAAAGAAAUAUUACAUAAACAUGAUAACGCAGUGGAUCAUAGUUUAGAUUCCGAAGAAAAACCCAAGCGGCCAACUUCGUUACUGUUAAAUGGUUUAGGUCGUAAAACUCGAUUAAAUAGGACCUCAAGUGACGCUGGUAAUGCAGUAGAUGAGAAUGACGAAUAUUUAGUAGUUAAGAAAGAAAAUGAUUCCAAAAACAUUAAAAAUUCUUUAAAAUUAGAUUUUUCUAGACUGCCAAGAGUUAAGAAAAUAGUUCCUACUAGUCCUGUGAUAGAACCACAAAUUAUGAAUAGUUCUAGUGUCGAGAAGAACGUUGAAGUAAAUUGUUUGCCAGAAAAAAAUGGAAGUAUUCCGGACGGUUCUGCUAAAGAAGAUAUAGCUGAUCUACAGAAUCGAAGUCGAUCACGAAGCAGGUCUACAUUUUCUAAUUCCGAUGUCAAAUCGGAAUCUAGUGGUCUUAAAGAAAAAUAUUCUCUGCCUGACAGCACCACACAUCACAUUCCUCUGCGAAGUCUCGAUUCUAUUAGUCCUGAAAAAGAAGAUGUUGUUGAUAGAAUUCGAAGAAAAAGUUUUUACUCUCGAUUUAACGAAAAGAAACAAAGGCGAAAAAGCAAUUUAGUGGGUCCCGGGGCAAUCGAAUACGAUCCCCUGGCAAGAAUACAUUCUCAUUCAAAUGAAUCGAAAUAUGACGCAUCACCAUCUUCGCCUGGGAAUUAUGAUUUGUCGCCUGGUUUAUCGGUUGGGUCGGACAUAUCGCCCUCUACGGAACGCUAUAGAUCUUUACUUACUGAUUUACCUUCGACAAGAACCAGUUUGAGGUAUGAUGGCAUAAAUGAUAAAAUUGAUAUGUACAGAUCCCUCGACCGGAAUGAUUUCAGAAAGCAUCCAGGAAGAAGUUACCUUGAUUACGAUCAACCAUCUUCCUAUAGCACAAAUAGAUACGCCAGGACGAAAUCAUUGUUCGACAGUUCAGAUACCGGCGAAGAUCAAUCGUUCAGUCUGACUAAAGAACCGCACAAAUACAAUCGUACCAACUCCUUAUUUUCUCCAGGAAGUUAUGCAACUUACAGACCGAAGCGAACUAGAAACUCCGCUAUAAUACUCAAAGAAAGUGAAAAGGAGCCUAGUCCAGAGAACAUAUUGGAUAAAAUAAGGCAAAGAAAGAUUUCUAUCAGCGUUACGAGAAAAUCUGAUUCUGAAAAGGACUCAGUGCCUAGAUCCAUUGACUCACCUAAAGGCGAAAGCGACUGUUCAGAACGCUCUUCGAAGGUUGACUGAGAGGCGCUACUGAUGUUACUGUCGACCAUAGCGUUUCCCUAUUGUUACGCAUUUCGUAAAAUUUAGCUAUUCACAGGUAAUCUUAAAAUACGAUGUUAUUUCGAAUCUCUAAAAUAAUUUAGUUGUUACAUUUAGGUCAGAAUCUCCUCAAAACUCCACUGUUACCUUUUCUUUACAAAUAAUAAGUAUACUUACAAUUUUAAACUAUUAAAACUUCUUGCCAAUCCUAUGUAGUUUACAUCUGCGAAGUUAGAUCUUAGACUGAUUAACACAUGAAAAAUUAAUUUUAGAAUGGCACGAAAUAUGGUGCGUCAUUUUGUCGCUAUUUUUAGCGCUCGUUAAUAUCAAUAGUUGUCAUUGCUUUGUAGUAUAUAAUACAAUCGACUUACAAACAAUUGAUAUUCACACAAAAUCGUUUAUUUGAUGUAUUAAGUAGUACAGAUAAUAAAAUUGCACUACAUUAUUUAUUCGACGAGAAGUUUGUUAGGAAUAUACAACAUUUUGCAAGUACAUAUGUAUAACAUUUUUUGAAACUUUUAAUGUGAAUUGAUCUUAUGUGCCUUUCUAUCAUAAGCAACUGGAUUUGAUACUCGGGUUCAUUGAAAUGAAAAUGACACAAGUUUUAGUGUUUUUUGCACAAAUAUUUUAACUCAAUAUGUCUAAUUUUAAUUUCUUUUUAAAUAUUACUAUCGAUUGUUGGUAAACUAAGUCAUUUUUAAGUUUAAAUGUUAUUUAACCAUAAUAUUGUAAUGACUGCUUAGUCAAAUUGAAACAGUAAUCGAAUAGAAUGGUGCUUAGUUGAAGGUUUUCUUAGGAAUAAUUCGUAUAUUUAUAGAAGAAAGUUACUGUCACAUACAUGGACGUUUACAUAGGUAAUAUAUAAAUAGCAUGUUUUCGAGUGAAAAGAAUAUAUUUUGUUAGUAACCAACAAAAGUAUUUUUAAGUGAAAUAGUUACUGUUUUUCAUUUGUUGCCAUUGUUGUCAUCUCUAAACCUAUUAUAUUAUUAUGUCAGUGAAAACUAGUCUGUGUAAGGCGUCCGUAAAGCAAUAAUAUUAUCGCGACUCAUUUUUGUAUUUUUAGAUUUUGACAUUAUUUAUUACUAUUUAUCAUUACUCUAGAAUCGUAAUGGUUAUAAUUAUUAUUUAUUAGUGUGUGGUGAUUAAUAAUAUUUUGUAAUAAUAGUUAAUACAGACUGUUUUGAAUGUUAUAAUUGCUAUCACACACGUUUUGUAUUGAAUGUGAAUAAAUUAUAGUUGAGAAAA